AUGUACUCACGGGUAUUGGUCGAUUUCCAUGUAAUACCGUUCAACGAGAAUAACCCUGGCAUGCAGACGCAAGCGCUCGAGUCCACAUUCGGUCAACCGUUACCACCAGCCGAUCCACAGCACAUCCAAAAUCGACAUUACGGUCAAAACGCUCCAAGUAACAGUGAUACAACACGUUCACGGUCACGAUCCACAGAAGGCACAGACAAUACUGAAGCUAGUCAUAGUAAUCAAACGAUAAACGAGCCGUCAGCUCCGAUUUCUCAGCCGGUACAGAAUCUCGGUAUGGCACUUCAACAUGCCACCCUCGAUACGCAAACCUUCACUAAUUUCAACAACCCAGGUGUGUCGCUUUUAUUCAUAGACCUCGUUUCAAAAGUCCACAGCAAACCGAAAAUUAUGACCUAUAAUGGUGAAUCGCUACCAGAUUCGUUCCCCGAAAAGGAUGAAAGGUAA